AUGGGCGCGGCGGCCGUGCGCUGGCACUUGUGCGUGCUGCUCGCCCUGGGCGCGCGCGGGCGGCUGGCGGGGGGCAGCGGGCUGCCAGGAGCUGCGGACGUGGAUGAGUGCUCAGAGGGUACAGACGACUGUCAUAUCGAUGCCAUCUGCCAGAACACACCCAAGUCUUACAAAUGCCUCUGCAAGCCAGGCUACAAAGGGGAAGGGAGGCAGUGUGAAGACAUUGACGAGUGUGAGAAUGACUACUACAACGGAGGCUGCGUCCACGACUGCAUCAACAUCCCAGGAAACUACCGCUGCACCUGUUUCGAUGGCUUCAUGCUGGCCCAUGACGGCCACAACUGCUUGGACGUGGAUGAGUGUCAGGACAACAACGGUGGCUGCCAGCAGAUCUGUGUCAAUACCAUGGGAAGCUAUGAGUGCCAGUGUCACAGUGGCUUUUUCCUCAGCGACAACCAGCACACGUGCAUCCACCGCUCCAACGAGGGUAUGAACUGCAUGAACAAAGACCACGGCUGUGCCCACAUCUGCCGGGAGACACCCAAAGGUGGCGUGGCCUGCGACUGCAGGCCUGGCUUUGACCUUGCCCAAAACCAGAAGGACUGCACACUGACCUGUAACUAUGGAAACGGAGGCUGCCAGCACAGCUGUGAGGACACAGACACGGGCCCCAUGUGUGGCUGCCACCAGAAGUACGCCCUCCACGCAGACGGCCGCACGUGCAUCGAGAAGGAUGAGGCUGCAAUUGAGCGCUCUCAGUUCAAUGCCACGUCAGUAGCUGAUGUGGACAAGCGGGUGAAACGGCGGCUCCUCAUGGAGACAUGUGCAGUCAACAAUGGAGGCUGUGACCGGACAUGCAAGGACACCGCCACCGGCGUGAGAUGCAGCUGCCCCGUUGGAUUCACGCUGCAGCCGGAUGGAAAGACAUGCAAAGACAUCAACGAGUGCCUCAUGAACAACGGGGGCUGUGACCACUUCUGCCGCAACACCGUGGGCAGCUUUGAGUGCAGCUGCCGCAAGGGCCACAAGCUGCUGACUGAUGAGCGGACGUGCCAAGACAUUGACGAGUGCUCCUUCGAGCGGACCUGUGACCACACCUGCAUCAACUCCCCGGGCAGUUUCCAGUGCCUUUGUCACCUCGGCUACACGCUCUAUGGGACAACCCACUGCGGAGACGUGGACGAGUGCAGCAUGGACAAUGGCAGCUGUGACCAGGGCUGCGUAAACACCAAGGGCGGCUACGAGUGCGCAUGUCCGCCAGGGAAGCGGCUGCACUGGAACCGGAAGGAUUGCGUGGAAAUGGGCAGGUGCCUUUCUCGGGCCCAGACCUCUGCACAGGCCCAACUGUCCUGUGGCAAGGUGGGCGGCGUGGAGAACUGCUUCCUGUCCUGCCUGGGCCACAGCCUCUUCAUGCCAGAUUCAGAAAACAGCUACGUGCUAAGCUGCGGUGCUCCGGGUCUCCAGGGCAAGAUUCUACCGAAACGCAAUGGCACCAGCUCCACAACCGGGCCCAGCUGCACAGAUGCCCCCGCUGCCCUCCUCAGGCAAAAGGCCCGCUUCAAGAUCAGAGACGCCAAGUGUCACCUGAGGCCUCGCAGCCGAGAGCGAGCAAAGGAGACUCCAAGACAGCCACUGCUGGACAACUGCCACGUGACUUUCAUGACCCUCAAGUGUGACUCCUCGAAAAAGAAACGCCGAGGCCGCAAGUCCCCGUCGAAGGAGGUAUCCCACAUCACCGCAGAGUUUGAAGUGGAGAUGAAGAUGGAGGAGGCCUCAGACGCCUGCGCAGCGGACUGCCUGCGGAAGCGAGCGGAGCAGAGUUUGCAGGCCGCCAUCAAGACACUGCGGAAGUCCAUCGGCCGCCAGCAGUUCUACGUCCAGGUUGCGGGCACUGAGUACGAGGUGGCCCAGAGGCCGGCUAAGGCCUUGGAGGGCCCAGGGACAUGCGGUACAGGCCAAGUGCUGCAGGAUGGCAAAUGCGUGGCCUGUACGACUGGCACCUACUUCAACGGUGAGCCGGGCCAGUGUGUGCCAUGCGUGUCAGGAACCUACCAGGACAUGGAGGGUCAGCUCAGCUGUACACCGUGCCCCAGCAGCGAAGGGCUUGGUCUGGCUGGUGCCCGCAACGUUUCUGAAUGUGGAGGCCAGUGCUCACCAGGAUUCUUCUCUGCUGAUGGCUUCAAGCCCUGCCAGGCCUGCCCUGUGGGCAUGUACCAGCCCGAGCCUGGGCGUACCGGCUGCUUUCCCUGUGGAGGAGGGCUGCCCACCAAGCACGCGGGCUCCACCUCUUUCCAGGAUUGUGAGGCCAAAGUGCACUGCUCCCCCGGCCACUACUACAACACCACCACCCAUCGGUGCAUCCGCUGCCCCGUGGGUACCUACCAGCCCGAGUUUGGCCAGAACCACUGCAUCACCUGCCCAGGCAACACCAGCACUGACUUCGAUGGUUCCACCAACGUCACACACUGCAAAAACCAGCACUGCGGAGGUGAGCUCGGUGACUACACGGGCUACAUCGAGUCCCCCAACUACCCCGGAGACUACCCCGCCAAUGCCGAAUGCGUGUGGCACAUCUCGCCUCCCCCCAAGCGCAGGAUCCUCAUCGUGGUUCCCGAGAUCUUCCUGCCCAUCGAGGAUGAGUGCGGCGAUGUCCUGGUCAUGAGGAAGAGUGCCUCACCCACGUCCGUCACCACCUACGAGACCUGCCAGACCUACGAGAGGCCCAUCGCCUUCACCUCCCGCUCCCGCAAGCUCUGGAUCCAGUUCAAAUCCAAUGAAGGCAACAGCGGCAAAGGGUUCCAGGUGCCCUAUGUCACCUAUGACGAGGACUACCAGCAACUGAUCGAAGACAUUGUUCGUGAUGGGCGCUUGUAUGCCUCGGAGAAUCACCAGGAGAUUCUGAAAGACAAAAAGUUAAUCAAGGCCCUCUUUGAUGUGCUGGCGCACCCACAGAACUACUUCAGGUACACAGCCCAGGAGUCCAAAGAGAUGUUCCCUCGGUCCUUCAUCAGACUGCUGCGUUCCAAGGUGUCCCGGUUCCUGCGGCCCUACAAGUAACCCGCGGGGCUCUGCUGCUUGGGGUUGGCAGGAGGAGUGCGGGGGAAGCGUACCUUCCCUCCACGGCAGGAGCGGGAAGGCGGCUCCACGGGCCUCCACACCGCCUGGGAAACCCAGGAUGUGCGCUUCCCGGCGAAGCCCACCAGCCCGUGGAGGGUCAGGACCAAGCCCAGGCCCCCCUGAGGUCUAGCGCCCCAGUAGGGAAACACUGCUUCAGAAAGCCUUCAUCUGCCCUUCGCCUCUGUGUCCCAGGACACCAAGAGCGGCCCCUCCUACGCUGGGCCACUCCCGGGUCAGGUCACAGCGCACCUACCACGUGUGGAGCGGAGCGGGAUUGUGUCCCCUUGGCCUGACAAAUCAGGAGACAAGGGCGUGGCCGCCACUCUCCCCUGCAGGCUCUGGGAGGUUUGGGUCAUUGUGACCCACACAGGAAGCCAGGCCAGAAAAGACGGGUGUAUGCAGGCACCUUCUGGGGAGUUGAUGAGCCUGUGGCAUUGUCUACAAGGCCACACGCCCUCACACCCUGUAACUCCCCUAGCUACGGGCACAGGACACAGCCAUGUCGCGGGGCUGUGAGGACUCUCGACGGAGCUUUUAGGGGAGGAACCUGUAGGCUUGUGCUUUUCCUUGCUAGAACAUCUAAUGAAGUUCUCUCUAUAUAUAUAAAUAUAAAUAUAAGUAUAAAUAUUAAAAUAUACACUUCUAUCUGUGGGUGGGAACUUCAGGAAGGUCCUCUUCAGCAACUGUAAAUACCCAUCGCUGUUGCCAGUCCUCCUAGUGAUUAAACUACUCCUCCCAACUCCUGGCCACCUCUGUGUACGGGAGGCUGCGCAACCCCGGGCCCAGGACACACUUGGACAUGCUGUUGAGUGUGAAGUCUUGGGGACCGGGCACACCUGCUGUUUUAGGGCACUGGCCCAGUUCCCUCGCAAGCAACACAGCGGGAAGCAGCUUCCUCUCAGACCCCUUUCAUGGGACACAGGGGCCCAGCCUGAAACCACAGAAGGGGACUGGGUCCAGUGCAUGUCACCAGGAUACAAGGCUUUUCUCACGGAGCUCUGGCUGUGCUGCCUGGGGGGGGGGGGGGUCUCAGCAGCCAUCCACUCCACUGUCACCGCACCAAGGAUGAGGAGAACAAGAGGCACUCAAGGCAGAGGCAGCCUGUUUGUCUGGAGGCCUGGCUCUGUGGCCAGCCUCCCUGCUGCUGCUUCACCUCAUAAAGAGAAAGAAGAGCCCAGUGUGGCGGAGCUGCAUUGUCUUCUGCUGGGCUCGGUGGAGCCAGUACCUUGACAGGGGCCCUGCCCGCUCCUCAGACGCUCUCGGUCAGCUGGAGGACGCACGUAGAAAAUGUCUGUAUUUUUAACAUGAGCAGAUGUUGGAACUUCCAAGGAACAUAGGAGAAUUGUAAAAUGAACUCCCAAGGGCUUCUAGUCUGACAAGAAGCAGGCGUUUGAGAGAAGACACAUGCAUGGUGAAGACUGGAGGUGUCUGAGGCAGGGCAGCAAAGUCUGCAGAGUCACCCCUGGGUGACAAGGCACAGUGUGUCCUGUAGUUCAAAAUCAGACUUGGAACUCAGGGACAAGCCACUGCCUGCAAAGUGGAUCCCAGGCAAGCUGAUGAGGCCAUCCGCCACCUUCUCCAGUCAAGUCCAGCCAGUCGGUGGAGGGUGGGUGGUGGGUGGAGCCGCUGCAUUUGGCUGAGCGCCGCCAGGGGACCACACUGCCUUUCUGCAGCACACAGUCACUGCAAGCCAGAGGUCCAGAACGAAGCUCCCUCCUCUGUCGGGUCAUCUUUCUCCCUAGAACAGAGACCAGGACCCUCCAGAUGGAGCCCCAGGAACAGCUGCCCCCAAAAGGACCCUGCCUCAAUGUCCCAAGUUCUCAGGAAAGUGGAGCCUACGGGAACUUAUGAAGGGAACUAGCUCAUGGAAUUAUGGAGGCCAUGGUGGUCUAUGAGGUGCUGUGUGCAAGCUGGAGAACCAGCAAAGUUGGCACUAUGCAAGCCAGAGAAGCUGGGUGUUGGUGUAACCCGAGUCCAGAGACCCAAGAGCCAGAGGUGCCCACAUUGGUUGCGUGCCCCAGCUCCAACACAGCAAAUUCACCUGCCCUCUAUCUUUGCCCCCUCCACCAGAGGAUGCCACCCUCAUGGGUGAGGACAGAGCUUUACUCAGACUGCUGGUUCAUGCACUCGCCUCUUCCAGACUUUCCCACACACGUACCGUCACACCUUGUUUUUCACCAGUUAUCUUGGACACAACCCAGCCCAGUGGAGCCUACACGUCUAGUGAACCAUCGCACUUUUGAAGGCUUUGGGGUUUUGGUUUGUUUGUUCUUUGUUUCGUUUUCUCAAGGCAGGGUCUCACUCUAGCCCAGGCUGACAUGGAACUCAUGCUGUAGUCCCAGGAUGUCCUCGAACCCACAGAGAUCCUCCUACCUCUCUUUGCUCCCAAGUGCUGGGAUUAAAGGUUUGCGCCACCGUAUCUGGCCCUUGGGGUUUUGCUUUUAAUCCUCUCAAACACACGCACAUACCAGAAAGAGCUCUUAAACACUCCUGAAUUCUGCCUGUAGUUUCUGAGUGGCUUCUGGCAGCUGUUGCCCACGUGCACAGUGGUCCACCCACCUCCCUCCCCUGGCUCUCCACCGCCCUCACCCCCAGUGUCCACAUCAUGUCCCCAGGGCAAAGCAGAACGGGAGCAGGUUCAGUGCCCAUAUCAUCCUUCUCGUGGCCAAAGCCUUGCUACAUGGCAGGGGUGAGAGGGGCAUGUGAUCCCUCCUGGUUCCUCUGAGCCUGGUCCCACUCCUGGUAGAGUCUUGCCCCAGGGUAACCAGAAGACUUAUGGAGAAGUGGGAGAGAAAAACCAAGGUGUCCCCUGCCCAGGCUCCAGGGGAUGACCAUCAUGUGGAACCUGCACGUGGCGGUGCCCCAGCAGUCUUUCUGACCUGCCUUCCUAUCACCACGUGGUACGUAGCUUGGCAGAACCCAGCUAAGGAAAAGGAGGACUCACCCUUGCAGGCCCGGACCUCCAUCACUGGAUUCUGAGGAAGCAGCUGAGGAUUGGCUGCAGCAUGGCACCUUCUUGGUCACCCAGAAGGGGCUUUUGUUGUUUGAGGGUUUGGGGGUUUUUCGGGGGGUUGGGGGUUUUUGUUUUUCAAGGUAGGGUCUUGCUCUAGCCCAGGCUGACCUGGAAUUCACUAUGUAGUCUCAGGAUAGCCUUGAGCUCACAGAGACCUUCCUUUGCCUCCUGAGUGCUAGGAUUAAAGGUAUGCGCCACCAUGCCCGGCUUGUUUGAGGGUUUUUGAGGCAGGCUCUCUCUCUCGAGGCCAGCUUGGCCUCUAACACACACCAGUCCUCCUACCUGGAGAGCUGGGAUCAUAGACAUCAGCCACCAUGCCUGUCUCCGAAUGGGGCUUUUGAACGUCCCAGGUACUCUCGUCCACAACAGCGCAGUCACUGUUGGGCGGAUCCUCUCCUUGCAGGGAUCCCUCCCACUUUCCAAACAGCAUAGCCAGUGAGUACCCACGGCCCCAACACGUGCCGUACUGGCCACAAAUAGUGACCGGUUCCCAAGCCCCGACUUCUGAAGGACCGUCUUUACUUCCUUGUCUCGGCGGCCAAGAUGGAGACCUUGCCCAGCUUCCCCUCCUGUCUGUUAGUUUGGGGUGCACAAAUGAAGAACCAAAGCCACAAAGUCCUCGUGCAAAAGCCUUAAGAGAGCCCGCUCGCCCGCCUCCACCCAACUUCCUGUUGGCACUCCUGGGUGCUUGCUUGUCGGAGCCACAGUGCUGCCACGUGCCUCUUCCGGCAAGAAGGACUGGCCUGUCACGGUCAGAGCUAUGGUGGGUCCUAAAUGGACAUCUGGGGAGCCAAGUGUUCUUCAGAGCCCACUGCUCAGCGGAAAAGUAAGAUUCAUUCAUCAAACAUUUACUGAGUACCGACUGUGCAUUGGCCAAGCAGCUAGGAAGACUGACUGGAGAGCCCGUCCCGGACGGACGGCAGCCUCGCCCCACCGGGCCUGGCUCACCCGGCCCAGCCCAGAGCUGGUCUUCCUUCCUUCCCAGGGGCUUCAGCUGCUCUUCCUCCUAGCCCAAAGCUUGGGCACCCUGGAGAGCUGGGCCUUUGCUUCACCAAAGAUACACAGAAUGGCAGCUCAACCCUUCUGCCAUCUGAAAUUUGUCUGUACUCCCCAAAUCUCAACGGGAAGAAAUGAAGGCAGGGGCAGCUCGUGGUUACUCAUUCUCCUGGGAGCCAGACACUGCGCUGAGCCCUGUGUGUCCACAUGCUCAGGUCCCCCAGACCUGUGAGAUGGAUGGGCUCGCCCGGACUUCCAAGUGUGGACACUGGACUCUGGGAGACUAAGUAACGUGCCCAAAAGAGGUGCAUGGGGUGGGAAUGAAACUCAAGCCCAGCUACCACUCAUAGGAAAUGCCUCUGUGUUGUCAGCCUGACGUUGGCAGGUUGGAAUUUCAUCUGGACACGCAUGGCAGUGAGGAAUUAAGGAGAUAAGGGUGCAGAGAGGCAUGGAGAGCAAUUGACCUUGGUGGCAUCCCUUCCCCCUUUUUUUUUUCCUCCUGACACAAGGUCUCAGGUCGUCCGGGCUGGCCUAAAACCCAUUAUGUAGCUGAAAAUGACUUUGCACUUCUGAUCCCCUCAAUUCCACCUCAGAGUGAGCACCACCACUCCUAGCCUUCCCUCCCUCCUUAACACACCUAACAAAAGGCUUCUCUUGCUGGGCGUGGUGGCGCACGACUUUAACCCCAGAACUCUGGAGGCAGCAUAGGAGAAUCACCGUAAGUUCGAGGCCACCCUGAGAGUAUGUAGUGAAGUCCAGGUCAGCCUGGGCUAGAGUGAAACCCUACCUCAAAGAAACAAAACAAAAAGAAAAGGCUUCUCUUGGGGCGGAGGAAGGGUCCUCAUCCUCUAGUCAUGAGCUGGCACCACCACCUGUGCCUGCGUAGACCCAGAGGCACUCAGGCUGGCACAUGAAGGCACACACAGCAGGUGGGCGGGAGGUGGGGUUACCAGACCGGCUUUCCAUUCCAGAUGCCCGGUAGAUCUGUAGAGAAAAUCCUUGGUUGAGGUCAGAGCACAGCACACCAACAGGAGCCGUCCACGCUGCUCUGGAAAUGAGCCACCAGAUUCCACUGCUGUACUCCUGUGCCCCAACUUCCCCCCGGGCCUUUGAGGAGCCAUCCGUCUGGGGCUAGGCACAGUCCUCUUGCACAAGAGAUCAAUAGCCACAUAACCGUGUUUGCCUUGUAGCUGCCUCAAGUAUUCAAAGCUUUGUUCUCUCCACCAUGAUCUGCCAUAUGCAUGUAUUUAAACACUUGUGGAAUCACUUUAAUAAAAAACAGAAGUGAACCUAA